AUGGAUUUUUUUGAAGAUGGAAUUUAGCAUUUCAAAGAUAAGAAUUAUUAAGAAGCACUUAAGUGCUUUAAAUAGGCUGUAGAUGAAAAUUAAAGAAUCGAGGAUUGCAGGAAUAAGAUGGGAGAAAUUUAUGAAAGCAUUUUGAAAUUUGAUUUGGCAUUUGAAAUGUAUAAUAGGAAUAUUAAGACUAAAAAUGAUGCAGAAGCUUAUUUUAGAAUUACUAAUUUGCUCAUGAAUUAGAAUAAAUUAGAGUAAGCUAAUUUUUUUAUAAAUCAGGGAACUCAAUUUCAUCCCCAUAAUGCUUCUUUGUAUUACAUGAAGGGUCUGCUUCUGCAAUCUAAAAUGCAUUAACAUUAAGAGGCUAUUGCUAAUUUUGAUAAAUGUUUGCAAAAGGAUCCAUCAUACAAAGAAGCUCUGCUUAAGAAAAUAGAUAGUUUAUUCGAAUUAAAGGAUUAUCAUACAAUAAUUGACUCAUAUAAUAAAUACUUAAAGCUUAGCAAUAAUAAUAUAGAAGUUUAUAAAAAAAUAGGUAAUGUGCAGAUACUUCUGUUUUAGUACAAGAAUGCCAUAGAGAAUUACCUUUUAUGCAUACAGUUAGAUGAAAAUUUUACUGAGGCAUAUCAUAAUUUGGGAUGUGUUUAUUAGAUUGUCCAUUAAUAUGAUUCUGCUAUUUAAAUCUUUGAUUAGUGCAUUUCAGCUAUGUUGAAAAUUGCCAAGAACUAAGCUUUAAAUUAAGAUAAUAAUAAUAAAGGCUUUACUAAAAAAAAGAGGAAAAUUCUCAUAGCUUAGAGGAGGAAAACUUAAGAACAAAUAUUAAGCAAUUUAGCUAUAUAAAAGAAAUUUGAUGAGUUACUGCUAUUUUUAAAUAAAUUGCUUCAACCUUGGAAAGACUUAAUUUUAAAUAGCUCUGAGUAUGUUUAGCAAAGGAAGGCAUCAAUAGCCUAUAGAAAUUAAGGAAAUUAGAAUAAGAAUACUACUAGUCGUAUCUCUUCUCGAUUUGAAUAAAUCAUGUUUCUUUAACUUAGCAAAGCAAAGUGUUUAAAAGAGCUUGGAAGGUACGAAGAAAGCUUAAGAGAGUUGAUAAUCUGUGAGCAAUCUGAAUAGCAUCUGAACGAAUGUGCACUGUUAAAGAGCAAACUUCUUCUUUUGAGUAAAUUAGAAGGUUACAAAAUAGAAAUAGAAAAUAAAGAGAGCUAGAUUCAAGAUAAUAAUCAAGAAAAUAAUGCAAUUUAACAAAACAAUAAUACAAAGAAAGAAAGUGAAUUAAAAGAAGAUUAAAACAAUGAUUGGCAAGUAUCAUAAAGAAAAGAAGCUGUGAAAUGCUUGAGAGAGAUAUUAGAAAGGGAUCCUACAAAUUCAAAAGCAUUAUUGUAAUUAGGGGAAAUAUACGAAAUAGAAAAGGAAAUACCUAAACAAAUAUAAAUAUAUUCUUUUAUUCUAGAACACGAGCCUUACAAUGGAGAGGCUAUCAAUAAAUUAAUUAAUCUCUCUAAGAAAGGGUUUAAUGUUGAUAAUGUGAGAGAAUUAAAAGGAAAAUUGAAUUAUUUAAAACAUUCUUAAUAUGAAGAAUUUAUUUAUGCAUGUUUACAAGCUGAUCAGUUCAUGGAGUAAACAGAAAUAACGAAUUCUGUUGCAAGACUUUUAAAUGAAGGGAUUUAAUUUUAUCAUUAAAAUAAAUAUUAAGUUGAGAACUCAACUUCUUUCUUAAAAUUAUUCUUUUAUUUUGGAAGAUAAUACGAUUUAUCAGUAAAGUAUUACAAUUUAUUUAAUGAUUCUACUUCACCACAGUCAAUGCUUAUUUUUGCAAAGGCUCUUUUAAGAUCAAAUUAGAUCAUUAAAGCUUUGGAUGUUAUCAAUUUCUUACAAAAAUAAUACAUAAUCACUUUACCUUAACAGUAAGGCUCUUAAGAGAAUAUUCAAAAUUAAUUUCCAAAUAUUUAAAAUCAGACAACCAUAAUUGGCUCAAAACUAAACGUAGCAAAUACAUAGAGUUUAAUCAAUAACAAUUUACAGUUAACAAACAAUGUUCAACAAUAAAGCUAGCAAAAUUUAUUGAGUAAGAUAGAAGUUUCAAAAGCUCAUAGCAGCUCGAUAUCUUCAAGUGGUAGUAAUCAAGGACUGAGUUUGAUGAAUUCUUAAAGCAUCCCAUUUAAAAAUCAAUUCACCAAAAUCUGGCACCUAUUUUUAUUAGUUUAAGGCUAGUGUUUUGAAAAAUUACAAAUGUAUGAAAAGGCACUCAUUAGCUACUCAGACUCUGUCAGAGCUUAACCUAAAUUUUAUCUGACUUACUAUCAUAGAGGAUAACUUUAUUAUAAAAUGGGAUUAUUGGGAGAUGCGCUUAAAAACGUGGAAAAAGCCAUACAAUUUAACUUGUUUCACACAAAUUCAUUGCUUUUAAUGGCGAAAAUAUAUCAAAAACAACAGAAAAAAUCUGAGUAUUUGCAAACUUUAUAGAAAGGAUUAAAACUUUUAUCUAAUUCAAUUUCUUUGACACAUAUUGGGGAUGAAGAUGAUGCAGAAUUUCUUCUAGCAGACAGUGGAAGAGCAGAUGAGCUCAAUGACGAAAAUACACUCUAUUCAAACAAUAAGCUAGAAGAGUAGGAUGAUGAUGAAGAUGAACAAGAAUUUGAUUAUUUCAUCUAACAAAAGAUAAAAAAACUGCAGAAGUCAAAUAUGACAUCUGCUUCUAUCAAUGAAAGAGUUCCUUCGCAUUUAAUUGAAGGUAUUUCUUCUUUUGAAGGAAAUUUCUUAGAAGAAAGCAAAUUUCAUCUUGAAACCACUCUGACUGAAGUUAUAAUAUAAGAAUAAAAGUCUUUAGCUUAAGAUCCUAUCCUUCUAUUGUGCUAAGAUCAAGAACAUCUCUCCCAAACCAGAUUUGCAGCCCAUUUUUACCUUCACCAAAAUUAUCUUAAAAAAAUGUAAAUUUCUAACAGCUAAAAUCAACAAUAAAACUCAAAAAUAAAUACAAAUGGGUAAUUAGAAAAGCUUAAUAAUAAAACAGAUAGCAUUGAUUGGAUUUUAGAUAACAACCUAUACAAGCUGAGCUACCUAAUUAAUAAGGCUCUAUUAUAUUUUUCAUUCAAUCAACUUAAUUUAGGAAUUAAUGUGUUCUUUGAUGAGUUAUUUACUUAAUAUGUUAGUUCGGAAACUGCUACUCAUGAAUAAGCAGAAGCAGUCAUUUUUGCAGCUGCUACUCAUUUAAUCUAUCCCUUAUUUUCUCUAGGUUUAAAUGAAAAGCUAAUCAAAUUAUGCGAAUAUAUCUCUGAAUUUAAGAAAAAAGUUAAGAAAAAAGAAGGUUCCAUCCCAUAACACAUUCAAGAGAAGCUUCCAAGCACAGAAUAUUUAAUUAUAAUCAGCAUUGCUAAAUACAGACUUUAAAAAUAUGAAGAAUCAAUUAACUGUUUGUAACAAUUAAUUCAAACUCAUUUAGAUCCUGUCCAGCUCACAAACUCAAGCUCUAAUAAAUUUACAUAAAGAUGGAACGAAUACUCUAAACUUGCCCAUUUCUUUUUAUCCUUAAAUUACUUUCAAUUAAACAACAUACCAAGUUGUUUGAAUUACCUUUAAUUGUAUUUAAGAGAAACUCCAGAAAACUACAAAUAAAUAACCAGUAACAACAUAAAUAAUAACAACAACAAUAACUUAUUUAAAUUUAACAACAAAACUUUUUAGAAGUAAUUAUCAUCAUCAACUGAAAUAAUUAUUUAGCAUUUGCAGGCUGAUUGCUCAUAUGUUUUAAUGGUUGAUUUGCUUUUGUAAAAUAAACUUUCUUCAGAAGUUCCUCCUUUGUGUGAAGCUAUCCUAGAGAGUCUCUAUGACUAGAUAAGACAAUACUCCCUCCCGACAAUCCUUUAUCUCCCAAGACAAGGCUAUUUUACAAGAUGCUAGCACUUUUUAACUAAAAAUCUGAAAAAUCUAACUAUUUAAAAAAUAAAACCUCAAUUCGAAGGUUCACUGAGAGUAUUCUUCCCAUUAAUAAAUGAAGAGAAUGCUGAUUUUAUUGGUAAAAUCUUUGACUUCUACGAAUACUCCUAUUUUGACAGGUAGUCUAAUUUAAAUUCUCACUUACUAGUUAAACUAGAAAGCGGCAACAUUAGCCAAAUAAUGAACCCUAUUACAGGUAAAAAAAUGAUGCUCAACGAGUAAAGAUGCGAAGCACGCAGGAUAAAAAAUACAUAAGAUCAAAGAGAUAUGAUUUACAGACUUAUUUUGACACAUAAAUCAAUUUUGAAAGUUCAUUUUUUCCUAAAAUAGGGAAGAGAUAUAUAUGCAAUACAAGACGAAUCUAUGCCCAAUAAUAAUAAUAACAAUAACAAUUUAUCAUCUAAAAAUAGUUUUUCUAACCUUUAAAAUCUAAGUUAAAUAAACAAUUAAGGUGGAUCGAAUUUGAAGUCAGCUUAGGAAGUAACAUUUUGCAACUUAAAUAAUGUAAGUAAAGUUGACUCGAUGAGCAGUUAAAAGAAAUUAUUUAGCUUGGUACUACCACUAGGAGAAGAAAGUAAGGCAUCAAACCAUUAGAUAAUUUAAUUGUUUGCCACUCUAAUCCUCUUGGUAGAUUGCAUGGAAUAUUUACAUAGUCAGCAUAUUUACUCAGCUAACUUCUCUUUAGAUUACAUAUUUUUAUCAGAGCCUAACAUUCCAAUCAUAGCAACUUUUGACAAUUUCCCUUCCAAUUUUUGCUCAUCUCCUGACCUAAAUAUUUAAUAGUUAAUAUCUUCAAUUAAAGCACUUCUACCUUGCUGCCAGCUUUCUCCUGAAUAAUUUCAACAGCAAGUUGUAAUUCAACUGUAUGCCUCUUCUUCCACAUAAUUUUCAAAUUUAUUGGUUUAUAUUUACCAGUUUAUAAAUAAAUAUAAUUAUGAAAUUCACUAAACAAAAGUAGCUUACAAUAUUCCACCUUCUGACUUUGACAUUUACAGCAAUUUUUUAUCUGAAUUAAGUAAAAUUUUGCACUAAAUUGCAAUAACCUGCUUUCUGUUUCAAUGCUAAUCUGCUAGCAAAAGCAUAGAUUAAUUUUAUAAGAAUUGUGUGUUGGAAAUAAUUUAACUAAAUAAAUUAUCAGCAUGCAAAAACCUAACUCCAUCAAUGAACACUACAGAGAAAGAACUUCUAGGAGAAGGAAUAGUAUUAGAUUAUAAUAUUUUCUAUAAUUAAAUGUAAGUUUCUUAAGAUCUGUCUCAUUUCCUAAAUGAUGAAACACAUGCCUUAGUUAACAAGUUCAUAUAAUUAAGUUAAUUAGAUAUAAUACAAAAAUAAGAACUAAUUAAUGAAUUGUAUUCCAUCAAGUAACAGUAAUCCAGAGCAGCUAAUUCUCUAUCAAUAGAAAAAAGAUCUAAAAAUCUUAUGAAAAUUAUUGAUGCUUCAGACGGAAGAGAUGAGUACAUUUUAUCACUCAUAUCAAAUAUCGAAUCUUUGCUAGCUGUUCAAGAUGACAUUGAUUCAAGAGAUUAAAACUAACUCUUCCAAUAUUUAGUUUCUUUGAUUAAAAAUCCUUUGAAAGAUGAUUUCUUUUAGAGAUAUAUUAAGAGAAAAAAGGUGUAUUAUGAAUGGAAAUAAAAUUAAUAACAAGAUAUGCUAAAAAGGAUAGUUAGAAAUCUAUAUUAAGACGAAGAUUUAAGACAAGAGAAAUAUGAAAAGUUUGUAAGAAUUCUUUAAGAGUAUCAAACUAAAUCUAGAGAUGAAAGUAUUUCUUACAAAGAGCAUUAAGAGAUGCUUGCCAAGGCAGCUUAAGCUGGAAGACACAAUAGAAGAGAAGAGGAUGGUACUUUGGUGGAAGAAGUAGAUUGUGUUGUUGAGUAGACAACAGUGAACAGUUUUUCUCUUUCUUACUUUGCAUCUUAAAAAGAUAACAGAGCUAAUAUAAAUGUGAUGAACGUAUUUUCUUAAAAGCCCUAAAUUCUUAGUAAUGAUGAAAGUGAUUAAAUUAUUUAAGAAAAAAGCCUUGAACCUAAUUAUGACUUUUAAAUAAUUAAUGAGAAUACAAAUGAGAACAUUUAAUCUUAAAAAAGGGAAUUUGAUUAAAUAAAAUUAAAUGAUGAAAUUAUCCCUCAUAAAAUACAGGAAAGCUUAGCACUUAAAUCAGAAAAAGAUUCUAAAGUACUUUCUCUUUCAACUUCUCAGUUUAAAAUUAAAACGCCAUCAACCUUCUUUAAAGAAGCAAAUGUCACUGAGAGCAUUGUCGACCAAUCUCAAGCUUAUCAUUAAUAAAAUGUCUAAGAAUUAAAAAUCUAAAAUAAUAUUUAAUAAGAAGAAUCUCUAAAUGAUUGA